AAGGAUACUGAGAAGUCAAUGUCUGUCUUGGACAUGUCUUCAUCUGCUGGAAGCAGUGGAGUGCACACCUCUUGGAACCAUGGCCCAUCAGACAUUCAACACGUCCCUCAGUGCACAGAGCUGGAGAGGAUCCCCUUGGUCUCCGCUGAGGCACCCAGGCAGAAUGCCAGUGAAAUGGGCACACAGUUCAGUAUGUCACUGCCUGACCACGGUGUGAGCUACUGCCCCCAAGUGACUUUCACUCCUUCCCAGAUGAUUUACGCUCAGAGACUGGCUCCUUCCCAGCCAGGAAUGAUGAUUUUCAAGGGGCCCCAGGCAAUGCCCUUAGGAGAGCUGAGUAUUCCAGGGAUGGCCACGGCCUUUGGUGGGAAUCUAAGGAUGCCCCACAAUGGGCCACCAGUCUCACCUUCCGGUGGAAUCCCAGUGAUGUCCCACAUCAGAAUGAGAGCAAUGCCUUAUUCUGGCCUCCCUACAGUAACUUCUAAUGGAGACCCUUUAACACCUAAAAUGUUACUGGAUCCAACCGUGCCUUCCACUGAGGCCCAGGCAAUGCUUCCCUCUUUGGCUCAGAUGUUGCCUCCUAGAACCCCCCACAACUUUGAGAUGCCCCCAGCUGGAUCCCCAUUAUUGCUGGCUUUGGAAUCCCAGGGCUGUUUUGUGAGCCAGCCAGUCUCCCAGGAAGACCCCUUCCUACCUAAGCAGCCCUUACCUGCUCCACGGAGAGCAGAGCAGUAUUCUGGGGCCCAGGAAAGGGCUCCCAGGAGACCUCCAGUUUCAAGGCCUUACUGCUGCGACUAUGAGAACUGUGGAAAAGCUUAUACUAAGCGCUCCCACCUUGUGAGUCACCAACGCAAACACACAGGUGAAAGACCCUAUAAAUGCAUGUGGGAAGCCUGUACUUGGUCCUUCUUCCGUUCCGAUGAACUUGGAAGACAUACUCGGAUACACACCAAAUAUCGACCACAUAAAUGUGACCAGUGCGGCCGACAGUUCAUGAGAUCUGACCAUCUCAGGCAACACCAAAGGACUCAUGUGCGGGUGCCAGCAUCCCCAGACCCACCGGCUGACAAUGGACAAAUGGCUGGUCCUCCUCCUGCUCCUGGUCUUUAG